AUGCUUGCUGGACCAUCGCCAUCUCCGAUCUCUUCGUUGGCUAUGAAUGGAGGAAUGUCUACUGGGAGGGUGCACAAGGCGGAGACAGGCAGUAUUCAAAUACCCCAGAGAAAGACUGCCCCGAAAGAUGAUGAAUCCAUUGCUUCCGGUUCAACUGCUUCGACCGAUAGUCACAUGAAGAAGCGGCUCAGCGCAGACAUGUCCAAAGAACAAGUUGAAGAUCUGGUGAGGAAGUUGACGAUUGAUGAGAUGAAGACGAAAUGGUUCGAUGAGAUCUUUGAGAAAGUCAAGUCUGAGCUCGUAGAAGAACAUUCACCAACAAACAGUACACCUUCGUCUUCAGAACCCCCAAGUCCCAAGUCAGAUCCUGUCAAACCCACUCCUUCUCAACAACCGACUCAUCAAGAACCUGUUCGAGAGAACACAAAGAAACUCGAUCAAACCACUCAUUCAUACGAGUCCAACAACAAGCCCAAGGAUCCCGUUUCAUCCAACCGUAACUCCUUCGGUACCACUGGUAGCCCGUCAACAUCCUACGUCUCCGACUCUACCUCCUCCAACCAGCACCACCACCAGCAGUAUCCAUCACGACCAAAGUCAGUCCCACUACCACCUCAACCUACCACCUCGAAAGCGCGUCCUUCUGUUCGAUUCUCAAAGUCUCCCAUCAUCUUGAAUGAGGAGCCUGAACCUCGACAUUCAGUACCGCCACGUCCAGCAUCACGAUCAGCGAUACCUUCUGAUCCAGCAAAACAGGGUCCGACACUAUCCGCAGUAGACCUGAAAUGGGGACGACUGUUUGAUGAUAGAGGUGACCCUACUCCCAGGCUUGGUCAGGUUCUCCGAGGAAUCGCCAACUAUUUGAUUAUCGAGUACAGUCCUCGCAACUCUCUAGUCGUCACACCGGAAAAGCUCAAGGUAUUCUACCACGAAUACAAGCUUGACACGGAAACAUUUCCGUUCCAACAAAUCUUUGACUGUCGACCACACGGAGCUUUAGAUAACCUCGAAACUCUAUAUCAACACCUACGAUGUGAGAACCACCUCGUCCAGAGACGACCAGGUGGCAUGCCUCACAUCCCAUCUCUCACUCCAGCUGGUUUCGAGCGGUGGAUGACUUGUCAGAUUCGAGCGUUCCCUGAGCAGGAAGCCAAGCGAUUGAACCUCAUCAUGGCUGAUCUUCCUAUCAUCGCUGAUGGUGGUUUCGAAGACGGUAAGCCUGAAAGGCUACCGAAGCAGCUUUCUCGACAUCUCCUUCCAGUGACUCGUGAUCGCGAGACAUAUGAUGACGUGGUGGAUGCCAUCACUGGAUGGAUCAAACGUACCGAGGAGAACGAGUCUGAUCUCAGGCGGACUUCAUCCGAGGACGUUUACAAAUCUUCGCCAAAGGACGACAGGUCAGGACGAUACAGGCCAGAUGACUACCGGGAUCGGGAUACCAAAUAUCGACGGGGUUCAAAGGAUAGCCACAAAACACCACCGUUAUCUCGCUCUGCAUUUAUGCCCCGGGCCAAUUCAGACACCACCGUCCGCCCUUCCAAGGACUCCUCUCCCGUACCUUCAGGCUCAAGUCACAGAUCCAGAAGUCCUAUUCCAUCUAGCCGUUAUCGCCAUUCUACCUCAUCACUUGACGGCGGUGCCAACGCGGCUGACAAUUACGACUCGCCUUCUCCUGGCCAUCGAAACGGCAGCAGUCGACGCAGUCGGGAUAAAGAGUAUCGAUACUCCUCAAGUCGUGAUCCAAAGUCAUCCCUCGAAUCAAUUCCUCGAACAUUACCUCGUAGAGAUGGUGAUCGUCGCUCGAGCCUGAUCUUUGAAGAGACUGGCAAGGAUCCUAAUGGGAUGACUUAUGAUGAAUACUUGCGCAUGAACCCACGACCAAUGCGGAAUGCUGUUGUUGACGAUGGAGGCCAUUAUCGAACUCCUUACUCUAGCGGAAGCGAUGAGCGAGUUCGUUGA